GCAACAACCCCGUCACAACAACAACAAGCAGAAGGGAUCCAGCAGGAUACUCAGCUCAGGAGCCUGCGGCACCGGCCAGGACCCCAAUGGACUCCAUUAUCAGUCAUCAGCAUCAGCUGUGCUUUGACAGGGAGCAAGGAUCGAUCAUGUCUGACCCAUGAAUUGUGACGGGGCGUGACGACAAGCACUGGCCCCUUUUGCAGGUUGCAAUUUGUUCAGAAGGAUCUGGGAGCUACAUACUUAGAUCAAAUGGAUCCUGAAGAAAAUGCAGCGGGUAACUAUGAAGCCAACAAUAAUGAUGCUGAGAUUCCGGAUGAGCCCGAUGCAGAUGAAGAAGCAGUAAAUGCAUUUCUGAUGGAGGUUGAGAUGGUUAAUCAACAGAUUCUGGAUGAAGUAGAGAUGGAGCCCAUGGGACCCGAAAUUGUGCAUGACGAUGUUUUAAACGACAAUGGUUUGGAUCCCCAAAUCCACGCUCAACACAAUGCGAUGGAGGCAAAUUUCAUGUCUGGUUUUAUUGGUCACAUUGAGGAUUUAUUCGAAAGAUAUGGACAAUUUCUGGCAAUACAUCCUAAGAAGAUGAUCUUUAUGUGGGCAAUAAUAAUACUGGCUUCUAUGAAUGGAUUAUUCUUUUUCAAACAAGAAAAGAAUCCAUUAAAUCUGUGGAUACCACGUCAUUCAGACUUUUUUAUUGACACAAAAUGGCUCAUGCAGGAAUUUGGUGACGGCUUACGGGUACAGACCAUUUUAAUAACUGCUCCAGAUGUUUUACAACCCACUAUUAUGAACCAGCUGUUAGACAUACACUUAAAACUUGUCAAUUCUACAAUAUUUCCAUCCUGGCAGGAUGUUUGCUUUAAGGUACCAAUAAUAAGCUUCAAUGUUCAAGAACCAAGAAUAAAACGGGAUAUGGAAGAUGGGAGAGAAGUCCCUAAAUAUAAACGAACAGAACCAUUUAACCAAAGCUUUUCCAUAGGUGAAAUCUCAAAAGUUAACAGAGUUAUAUCCAAGCAACAAACAUUACAACAAAUAAUGACUGACGAGACUUUUGACCCAUCCCUCAUUCUUGGCAAGGAGCUGUACUGCAAUAUAGUUGAUAACUUUCCCACUGGCUGCCUAUCACAAAAUAUUGUGGAUAUUUGGAAGUUUGACAAGAAUGAAAUCAACAGUCUGACUAAAACUAAACUAAUAGCAGAUCUUAAUACAACAACCUUCAGCCCAACCCUAGGACACCCAAUACCCUUUACUUCCUUGCUUGGUGGAAUUGAAUAUGAUGAAAAUGGAACGAUUGUGUCGGCUCAAGCAUUGAUGGCAAUGUACAUGGUACAUGUAAAUUUUUCCACUGUGGAUAUGGACACAGCUGGAAACGAUGGUGGCACAGCUGAUUGGGCAAAUGGACCAGGUUUGGAGUGGGAAUCUCACUUCAUUAAAAUAUUGAGUGAAUCUGUUAACUCAGUUUCUGGAUUUGAAUUAUACUAUGAGGCUGGGCGCAGUUUUGGAGACAUUAGUGCUGCUGGGAUGUUCCAAGAUAUGGACAAAUUAAUAAUUGGUGUGGUCCUGAUGCUUAUCUACAUUCAAGCCCAGCAAACUCGAGCUAGCUGUGUAUCGUCUCGGAUGAUUCCGGCUAUGGUUGGUCUUCUCUGUAUUGGUAUUGCGUUCUUGAUGUCAGUUGCUCUCUGUUCAGCAUUUCGAAUUCCGUAUGGACCUGUUCAUACAUCACUCCCUUUCCUGCUUUUGGGAAUAGGAGUUGAUGACAUGUUUGUUAUCUCAAGUUGUUGGAAUGCUCUUUCAAUUGAAGAUAAAAUUUCUUCAAUACCAGUACGAAUGGGUCUUACUAUGCGCCAUGCCGGGCUCUCAAUAAGUGUUACUAGUGCUACUGAUGCAGUAGCAUUUCUGAUAGGAUCAAUUACGGGACUACCCUCACUUUCAUCAUUUUGCUGUUAUGCAGCCGUUGGAAUUUGCAUGACAUUUGCCCUGCAAAUCAGUCUAUUUGUUAUAGCUCUGGCCUUAGAUCAACAAAGGGUUGAGGCAGGAAGGAAUUUUUUGAUACCUUGUAUCAAACAGGCACCACCUAAACUUUUAGAUAUGGAAUAUACUCCUCACUGCUCAAAUAGUCUCAAAUUUAUUUAUUCUAAAUUUAUCAUGACUAAAAUUGGGAAGAUAACAGUAGCAACAAUUACUCUCUUUUUUUCAAUUUUGUCCUUUUAUGGUAAUGCAAAUAUAGAGCCAGAUUUCAAAGCAGAGUGGUUUUUAGAUGAAGGUAGCUAUCUUUCCAAGUUUCUUGGGAGAAGAGAUGAAUACUUCCCUCACAUUGGAAGUGCAGCAGGUGUUUAUUUUGGGCAACUUCAGUACAAUGAAGAGUUGCAAAAUAUUGGACAUCUAGUUGAGAAUCUGAAGCAACAGAAAGAAAUUGUGAUGAAUGUUGAGGAAUGGUGGAGUGGAUUUCAACGCUAUGUCCAAGCUCACUUCAACAAAGACAUCGAAGUUGAAUUCAUGGCAGAUGAAGAAUUUAGGCAGUAUAUUUCUGAUUUCCUGUUUAGCCCAACAGGAGCCCGUUUUCAGAAGAAUUUUAGGUUUUCAGAGAUUCUUGAAUGUGGCAAGCCAGCACCCAACAUUACAGUUGCUUUCAUUGAAUUUCAAUUUAGAAGAUUUGAUCAUUCAGCAAGUAAUGUAUGGGCAAUGAAUACAGUAAAGGAACUGGUUUCUGCCGCAAACUUGACCAGUGGGGAUCAAGUGGCUUUUGUUUGGGCCAAAGCAUUUGCUAAUUUCGUGACAGAUGAGAUUAUUUUACAAGAGCUUUUACGAAAUCUCUUGUUGGCUAUUGGAGCUGUGGGAGCAACAACCUUUUUUUUUCUUGGCUCCACGAUUGCCGUUUUAGGUGUUCUCUCUUGUGUGGUCAUGGCACUAACUAAUACUAUUGGCUUUAUGUUUUUAUGGGGGAUGAGUAUAGAGCUAGUAUCAACCAUAGCACUAGUUCUUGCAGUUGGUUUAACAGUGGAUUUUACAGCUCAUAUUGCUUAUGCAUUCAUGAGGGUAGGAGGUUCUGGUGAUGAAAGAGCAAUCCAUGCUGUGACAUACAUGGGAGGUGCAGUUUUACAUGGAGGGAUGACUACUUUAUUAGCAUUGUCGGUGCUUGUCUUCUCUCACUCUUUUAUUUUCACAGCAUUUUUCAAGAUAUUCUUAUUGGUGAUAUUUUUUGGAUUAUUCUAUGGCCUUUUAUUCUUGCCUGUGGCCUUCAGCUUAUUACGCCCACUGCAAUACUUUGUUAGGAAUAAACAACAGCGCAGGAAUAGUGAUGAGCAGGCUGAGGAUGAAAUUGAGAUACCUACUCCUCCUGAAAGACCUGCUACAGGGAGAGGUCUUUAGUUACUAUUGUGAUGAUACACGCUUAAUGAGAUAUCCCAAUUUUUAUCUCAUAGAAGGACAUAUUGCUUUUAGUCAGUUAAAUAUGAAUUCUCUUUAUAUAAGCUUUGAUCAGACUUACUGUGAUAAUCUAGAACCUCUGUUAAGAUAAUCCGGAAAACAUUCUGAAAUCUGUGACCAUUCAUGGUUCAGAAAGAAGUGUUAAACAUGGAAGUGACAGCAGUUCUUCCUGUGUCAAACUCCUUAAAAUAUUUCUACUAAAAAAAAUAUUUAAAAAUCCCUCCACUUAUCGUCUAGUGUACUUGGUGGUAAUACUUAAACUUAAUAAUAAGCUCUUUUUCAACUUACCUACAUGGAGACUUAGGUGGGUGUGAAUUCUCAAUUUUGCUCAGACUCUGUGUAUUUGCUUCUAAUCCAUGUAGAUGACAAUUGCCAGUCAAAUUUUAUGCUGAGUUUCAUUACUCGCACAGGACAGCAUACCCAUUGGAGAAGUUGGAUGGAAACUGAUGGAAGGCAUCUCAAAUCGAAAAAUAGACGUUUUAUACCAAGCAGAUAUUUGUACAGUCUCCCAAAUAUCGCUAUUUUUGUCGAGCAACAACCUCUUCACUGUGGUCAAUAUUUGAAAUUUUGGCCACGGUGUUUGAUGCGGAGUAGUCAUAAAAAUCAAACACUGUGGCCAGAAUUUUGAAUUUUGAUCACAAUUAAGAGUUUGUCGCUGGAAACUAUUAGCAAGCGGCAUUGCCACAUCGUUUGGAUAAAAGGCCUCUGACAUUAUUUUUUUUAAAUCUAACCAGCAUAAGAAGAAAAUAUACAGAGUUUGAGGCAAAUUGGAAUUUUACACCUUGUUAGUAUUGUGUUAUACCUGUUUUGAGUUGUGAUUACAGUAUGAAUGAUACUCUUGGCACAAAUCAUAUCAAUUGUAGUACAAGUUUUGUCGACUGGUUGUAAGUGAAACUAAAUAAAAUGAACAAGCCCUAUGAAA